CCUCUAAAUAUUGCUUUCUUUGGAAGUGAUUCUUUUAGCGUGCAAUCGUUAGAUAGACUUUACAGGUACAAAUUGCAACACCCAGAGAGAAUUCUGUCCAUCAAGGUUGUCACCAGAACCAUCAAGCCUACUGGAAGGAAUCUAAAAGCUUAUGUGGAUCUACCAAUUGGUGACUACUGUAAGAAAUUAGAGGAAAGUUUGAAUAGCAUUCCUGUGUUACGAGCUGAUUCCACAGAGGAUAUACUAAGCAUUUUGAAUUCAAAUACAUUCUCGUUGGCAAUUGCAGUUUCAUAUGGAAAGCUUAUACCCGCAAAGUUUUUGGAGUCCUGCGAAUUCGGAGGUCUCAAUGUCCAUCCUUCAUUGCUUCCUAAAUAUUCUGGUUCUUCGCCGAUUCAGUAUACUUUGCUUAAUGACGAUAGAACGGCUGGUUGCACAGUACAGACCCUUCAUCCAACGAAGUUCGAUCAAGGUAAUAUAAUUUUGCAAUCAAAAGAAAUACCUGUUUCAAAUAAAGAUAACUUUGAGAGCUUGCAAAUUCGUUUGGGGGCCAUCGGAAGUGAUCUCUUGGUUCAAGUUAUAGACGAAGGUCUAUUCAUGGAAAAUUGUUCGCCCCAUCUUCGAAGUGAGAAUAAGUACGCGUUUUCGCUUGCUCCCAAAAUACGUCCAUCAAGCUCUGAGAUAAAAUGGUCAAUCAAAUCUUCGUUGCAGAUAAAACGGAUGGAAGAUGCAUUGGGCCCAUUGCAUUCUUACAAAUUUGUGAACUUGAAGAGAAAGAAAAAGGUAAUACAGGAGAACCAGAGGGUUAUUCUUUCUGAUAUUGAGGUUAUUAAAUGUGGAUAUUACCCUUCGAUUUCCAAGCCUGGUCAAUUUUGUCUUGAGGAUUCGAGUAAUCCCCGUUUGAUUAUAAAAACCGUAGAUGGUCAUAUUGGCGUUAGAAAACUAAAAUUUCAAGCUUGCAAGGAAGAGGUACCAGAAGUUUUUCUUAAAGCAUUGGCAAAGAGAUCUGGAGACACUCCUCAUCAAUUUGAUGCUACAUGUUUCAACUAA